AUGCAAUGCUUGCUGUGAUCGUACCGGUAUCGCACUUCUCCAGUGCCAGCUGAAAGAAUGCGGUUUUUCCAGGCGGUGCCACGAUCCGUAUUUUCCGCUAAAAUAUUCUUCUUUGGCGUUAUAGUUUUGCUGCUCAUAACAAUUUUAUACGCUCAUUUGUACAGCAAAACUGAUCCACUGGAAUUGGUUCAUCACAGUGCGAAAUGGCACCAUUAUGUGGGAAUGAACUCGGAACCAGGAUUAAUAGAAGGAAAUCGGACUCCCCCCGGGGAUAUGGGCGCCCCAGUCGUGCUUGCCACUGACAUCGAUAAGGCUAUUCGACGCCAAAUCAACGACGGCUGGGCUCUGCAAGGGCUGAAUCAGUACGCGUCCGACCUGGUGUCCGUGUUUCGCCGACUGCCGGACAUCCGCGACGAGUGGUGCAAGCAACCGGGCCGUUUCCGGCCGGAAUUACCACCGGCCUCGAUUGUGGUCGUAUUCUUCGACGAGGCGUGGUCGGUUCUGGUCCGGACGGUGCACUCGGUCCUGGCUCGUUCCCCACCGGAGCUUGUUAAGGAGAUUAUCCUGGUGGAUGACUUCUCCUCGUUGGCACACCUCAAAACGCAACUCGAUGACUACUUCCGGCCGUUCGAGAAGGUUCGGAUUCUUCGCGCCAGUGAACGUCUGGGACUGAUCCGGGCCAGGAUCUUGGGCGCAAAAAGUGCCACCGCGGAAAUAGUGACCUUCCUCGAUGCCCAUUGCGAGGUUAUUGUUGGAUGGCUUGAGGCCCAGCUGGAUGUGGUGGCCGCUGAUCCUCAGACGAUCGCAAUCCCGUCGAUUGACUGGAUUCACGAAGAAACGAUGGAACUGAACGCGCAAAACUCGCAACUCUACUUUGGCUCGUUCGACUGGACCGUCAACUUCCAGUGGAAAUCGCGAGCGGAGAAGAAGGUCAAGCCGGAAAAUCCGGUCGCCCCGUUUGAUACUCCGGUGAUGGCCGGUGGUCUGUUCACAAUUAACCGGACGUUCUUUGAACACUUGGGGUGGUAUGACGAGGGGUUCCAGACGUACGGAGCUGAAAAUAUGGAGCUGUCCUUCAAGACGUGGAUGUGCGGCGGUUCCAUGAAGAUCGUCCCAUGUUCUCGCGUUGCUCACAUCCAGAAGCGAGGUCAUCCCUACCUGGCGUCCUCUCCCGGCGGCUUCAACGCCGUCAAACGGAACACGGUCCGGCUGGCCGAGGUGUGGCUGGACGAGUACGCUGAGUACUACUACGAUUCGUUCGGAGGGCGCAAGAACCGGGGUGACUUUGGGGACGUGUCCUCGAGGAAGAAGCUUCGAGCGCGGCUGAACUGUCGACCAUUCCGGUGGUACAUGGAGACGGUCUUCCCGGAGCAGUUCGACCCGAGCAAAGCGAUAGGUCGCGGGCAGUUUCGCAUCGGAGGGGGCUGUCUGGAUUGGCCAACGAAGCUUUCGGUCAUCGGGUGUCACGGACUCGGAGGGCACCAGUUGUGGUUCUUUACGGCUGAUGGAGAGAUAACACGGGAGGAUCACUGUAUGGACUUUGAUUCAAAGAAGUUAGAGAUGAUUCGGUGUCAUAAGCAGAAAGGAAAUCAGAUGUGGGUUUUUGAGGAAAAAGCUGGACAUUUUAAGCACGUGUAUUAUGAGCGUUGUUUGGAGUGGGAUGGAAAUGAGCUUAGAAUGAGUGAAUGUAUUGACGAAGAUAUGAGGCAGAAGUGGAUUUUGGAACAUUACGAAGUAAAGAACUUAAAACUCGCGUAAAAACUACCUCAUGCAAAUGUGAUACCUUCCUUUUAAAUGUUAAAUAAAAU